AGGAGGAUCCGCCUCUCCGCGGCCUGAGCGGGCCGAACUGAGCCAGAGGGCGCCGCCCGCCCCGGCCCGCCGCCCCUCCCUGUUCUCUGCCGAUCCCCGCCGCCCCGCGAGGCCCUGCCCGUCCGCUCCUGCCGCCGCCCGGAGCCCCGCCCGGCUCACCUCAGCGCCGCCGCCGCCCUCGGCGCGGCCCGGCCUGGCCCGGCGGCGGGAUGAAGCUGACGGACAACGUGCUGCGGAGCUUCCGCGUGGCUAAAGUCUUCCGCGAGAACUCGGACAAGAUCAACUGCUUCGACUUCAGCCCCAACGGCGAGACCGUCAUCUCCAGCAGUGACGACGACUCCAUCGUUCUCUAUGACUGCCAGGAGGGCAAACCAAAGAGAACACUGUACAGUAAGAAGUAUGGAGUGGACCUCAUCAGGUACACACAUGCUGCCAACACAGUCGUGUACAGCUCCAACAAAAUAGAUGAUACAAUCAGAUACCUCUCCCUGCAUGACAACAAAUACAUUCGGUAUUUCCCGGGACAUACAAAAAGAGUGGUUGCUCUUUCAAUGUCUCCAGUGGAUGAUACUUUUAUUUCUGGAUCCCUUGAUAAGACUAUUCGACUUUGGGAUCUCCGCUCUCCAAAUUGCCAGGGUUUAAUGCAUCUCCAGGGGAAGCCUGUGUGUUCUUUUGACCCAGAAGGGUUGAUUUUUGCGGCUGGAGUAAAUUCUGAAAUGGUGAAGCUUUAUGAUCUCCGUUCUUUUGACAAGGGGCCAUUUGCUACAUUUAAGAUGCAGUAUGAUCGAACAUGUGAGUGGACAGGCCUGAAGUUCAGUAACGAUGGCAAACUCAUCCUCAUAUCAACUAAUGGAGGAUUCAUUCGACUCAUUGAUGCCUUUAAAGGAGCUGUCCUUCAUACGUUUGGGGGUUAUAACAAUAGUAAGGCUGUCACGCUGGAGGCAUCAUUCACACCAGACUCUCAGUUCAUCAUGAUAGGUUCGGAGGAUGGGAAGAUUCAUGUUUGGAAUGGGGAAAGUGGGAUGAAGGUGGCUGUGCUGGAUGGGAAACACACAGGUCCUAUAACCUGUCUGCAGUUCAAUCCAAAAUUCAUGACGUUUGCUAGUGCAUGUUCCAAUAUGGCCUUUUGGUUGCCAACUAUCGACGACUAAUUCCUACGCUGCAGCUGCUGUCAGAUGACUUCCAUACCAACAGCAGUACAUCAUUGCAAGCAUAAUAUUGGAAUUGCCUAGGUCUCCUAGACUGUGCUCCUGUUCCUGCGUAUGUUUCCAUAUGUCUUACCUCUUAUCUGCUGCAUUCCUUUGCAAGGACUUCUCCACUCAGCCUCCGAGCAUGUUCAGAAGCGGCAUGCUACACGUUUUUACCUUCCAAUCCAUGCCCAGCAGGCUUCAGCUGAAGUUGGAACUGACAAAGUAUUAUUUCUAAGAGCAAUGAAGUCUGUUUUAUUUACAAAUAUGUUUGUGGCAUUUUUUUAAGCUGUAAUUGUGUGUUUUCCUUCUGUAAGUGCACAAGGCUAUUGACGUUCCAAGGUGGAACGUGCAGUUCCUUCCCAUAAGUGCAUGUUUUUCACAUCUGGGAUCUCUCUGGUUUCACUGCAAUCCACAGAUGCAAAGUUACUUCUGUGCCAAAUGUUAACACUGACAGUUUUCAACUUAAACAGCAGAUGCUGGGUUCUCUUGCAGUGGAACACGCACCAAAAGAGUGGGUGACUGUAAGUACAUAUGAUACAUCCUGUCAUCCUUUUUUUUUUUUUUUUUUUUUUUUUGUGGCAAUUGAGUGCGCAACAAACCAUACAGGUUUUGUCCACUGCUAGAGCUUGCCAAAGCCUCCCUGCUGUUUGCUGUGCCAGCAUCCUGGAGGGCGCAUACAGUACCGCUGAGGUCUGGUCAGUGUCCCAAGCAAUAAAGGAGUCUGUCAGCAGGAAGAUGGAGAGACCAAACUGAGACUGAAAGCACAGUCUGCCGGUGUAUCUUCCUUAUGUAUAAUCUUGGCUGAUCUUGUAAAUACUGGGGGGCGGAGGGUAGUGGGGAUGGGCCAUAUUUUUUUACUUUUAGAUAUUAAAGAAUAUGAUGUGGGCCAGUAUUGUGGGGUGGCUAGGCUGUUUACCUUCACCGAUGCAGUUUUCCCCUCCUGGUUUGUAAAUAAGUUCCAUUAAAUUCUCCCCACACCAGGGUUAGACCUGUAUUUCUUUGUUGAUAAAGCUGAUGCGGUAAGUUCAUCAUGCAUUUUGUUACAGAUCCUGCAGGUUUUCAACGAUAGCCCUGAAAGAGCAAUGCUUCCUUUGUCAGAUGGUAUCUUCAGAACUGAAUUUUAAAAACCUUACAUGUGACUGUGCUGACUCUGCUGUGGCCCGGCUCCAAGGAGUGCCUCUGCAAGGAGAUGGGAGGGACGUGCUCUCCUGCUCCAGAGGGGCUUGUGGGUGAAUGGCACAGAAAGGCUGGCCAGCUGGUCUUCAAGCCAGGUUCCAGUUUCUUUUUCCUGGAGCGCUGCAUUGAUCAGAUGCAUCCACCAGCAGGCUGGGACAGGCUCGGCAUAAAUGUGGUGUUCAUUGUGGUUCUUGCCUUUCCAAACACGCUUGGUUUUAUGUACUGGGUCACAACUAGGAGUGUUGAUUCUUUCCCUUGCCCAGGCACUUGUGCUUCCCCUUCCUCCUAAAUGUGAAAUGCUGGUAAGGUGACAGGCACAGUAAUGGGUGUGCUCUCUCUGCUCUCACAUGCCAGUCCAUACUGGAGAACCAUGUUUGAGCAUUUUACCUUCAGUCAGGUGUCCAGAUGUUCCCCUGUUACAGCAAAACUUCUCAGCUGUGGGGUCCUGUAUGUAAUUCAAAGCAUAUCUCUCUGGAAAAGUAAACUGGCUUGGGGAACAGCUGCUUCUGUUUUGCUUUUCCUUGCCUUCCCACCGCCUUCCACCUCCAGUCCUUGUCAGCUGAAAUAUGCUGUGCUAUGAGCUGGGGAUGGGGAGUGGGCGCUUCUCCGCUGCUGGUUCCUUUAAAGCAGCAGUGCAUGCUGAGCUGCAGCAUUUGCCUGUGCCGGUCAGCGGGAGGACUGCUCAGUGAGGAGUCUGAUAAACUGGAUGUUUGGAUCAGUGCUGUGGUUGAAGCUUCUCCUUAGGCUCUGUGGCUUGCCGUUGCUGAGGCUGAUGCACGCCUUCAGAGCCAUUUCUAACGGCGCAGGGCUGUGAUGCGAGUUUGCCAGCCUGCAGACUGGAGGAGGGAAGAGAGCAGCAGACUGAUGCUUUUGAUCUUGCCGAACUGGCUUGCUGUCGGAGAUGCAGGUGAGAGAUUUAUACCAUGGCACCAGCAUCCCUCCUUCCGUACUGUCCCACCACCAGCACCUAUAAAUGCCCAUCAUGAUGGGAGAUGAUUAUCCCAGUCCUUGCAGUUGACUGCCUUUCCACAGCCACCUCUUCAACUCAGUAUUGCUGCUUUUCAGGCUGCUGUUAUACCUUUGGCGUUGCCGUAAGCAGCUGUAUUUUGCAGUGGUUUUUAACAUUACAGGUAUUUGGAGUUUGUAGUGCAUUUUAACAGUUAAAACUUCAGUCUUCAUCUGAAGGGUCAUCUUUCAGGGUUUUACCAAGUCUGGUGCCUGAGGAAUUGAACAGAUAGCCUCCAGCCAUUUUUCUUGUUAUUUUUCACUGGGAGGCGUUUGGAAGUCUUUUAUUCUAAAAAUGGUCUUGGCUAAUGUGGUUUGAGCACAUGUCUAAAGACUUGUUCAGCUCUCUUCAGCUUGCAGUGUUGUAAAAUAUUGUGUGUUGCAGCAUGAAAUCUUUUAAGAAAAAGAAGAGCAAAGCAUGAUCUAGAAGGACACGUAUACUAAGAACAUCACUGGCUUUCUGGAGUGAGGUAAAUUCACAGGUUCAUGUGCAGCACAGCACCAAUGCUGAGUUCAAAAUGAAAGCUGAAUGCAUUCCCAGGGCCGAUUGCCAACCCACAUGGGUAAAGACCUCUUUCUCGGUUGAUGUGGCAUGGAGUGUUUUCCAUCUGCCUUUAAAAGAGGGAAAUUGCCAGGUAUUGUCAAGGAACUUGUGUCACGUGUUUCUACAAGGUUAGACAGGAAAGGUGAAUAAAACUUUUAGCUUCCAGAUUCUGUGUGCUUCUCUAGAAGUAUCGGGACUGCAGUUCCUGUGCUCUUCAGGGCAAGCAGAAAUGGACCUUGUUAAAAACGGCACUCCCAGGUCUAAUGGAGUGUCCAGUCUUAGGCAAAGCCAAGCAGGAACCAGCAUUCCCCGAAUUUGACAUUUAAAGGAUUAAUUCCUCCAUGUGUUCUUUGAGAUUAAGACCUUCAAAACAAGGGGGAAGUGAGACUCAACAGCCCACCUCUAAAUAAGCAGUGGUGGUGAUGGAGCUCAUCUGCUUAGGCUGUAGGAGAUUUCUAGGUGUAAUUCUCUUCUCCAGGUUAGUCUUUUGAGAGAUUUUUCUUUUUCUUCUGAGGUUCCCAGGUCCUUGGUUAAUGUCCCAGCACCUGCUCUGGGGGACACAGGAGCAACUGAGUGAACAAAUUUGGAAGCGGCAGUGUAUCUUUUCCAAUGCCUCUUGACUGUAUUUGCACUUUAAGGGACUUCACCUUGGUUUUGGGCCAGGGGCUAGGAUCCCAGCGAGCCUUUUGGAAAAUGGUCUCUUUGGUCAUGAGCUGGUAUGGGGAGUUUGACUCCUAGAUGCUAUCUGCCAGAUGACUGUAAAUACGUUUAAGUCAAAGUAUACUUUGUCACAAGAUACUACGUAUGUGAAGAAUUCAAUGUUUUGGCUGUUACCAAUAAAUAUUUUGUAGACAGAUCA